GGAGGGAGGGAGAGAGUCUGACUCGAAGGCGACACACACUGAAGUGUCUUCAGGAGGGAACCCCGGCGGCUUUUCUUCCUGGACUCUCCUCAGACAGACGGGCAGCUCCUCUGAGAUGUGGGAUCAGGUUGUGUCGUCUCCCUAUGUGAAGUAUGGCGCAGUCCUCUCGCUGACAGCAGGCUGCCUUAUUUUGGUGCGGAAAUGGAUAGCUGGCGGCACAUGCAAAAGUAAAGCUCGCCUCGAUGGAAAGACAGCGUUGAUUACCGGAGCCAACACUGGCAUCGGAAAGGAAACAGCACGGGAUCUGGCUCGCAGAGGGGCUCGGGUGGUGAUGGCCUGCCGGGACCUGACGCGGGCUGAGAACGCUGCGGAGGAGAUCCAGCGAACCACAGGAAAUGGGAAUGUGGUCAUUCGACACCUGAACCUGGCUUCUCUUUAUUCUGUUCGUGAGUUUGCCAAAGACUUCUUAGCCACAGAGGAACGACUUGACAUCCUUGUCAACAAUGCAGGCGUGAUGAUGUGUCCUAAGUGGAUCACAGAGGAUGGCUACGAGACACAGCUGGCAGUCAAUCAUUUGGGUCACUUUCUGCUCACCAAUCUCCUGUUGGAUUUGCUUAAGAGCUCCACCCCCAGUCGUGUGGUUACUGUGUCCAGCAUUGCACAUGUUGGCGGAAAGGUUGACUUUGAUGAUAUGUUUUUUGACAAGCGGCCAUACAACUCUCUGGUCAGCUACAAACAGAGCAAGCUGGCCAAUGUGCUGUUCUCCAGGGAACUUGCUCGUCGGAUGAGAGGUACUGGGGUGACGUCUUAUAGCCUGCACCCUGGAGUGAUCCGCACAGAGCUGGGCCGCCAUGUGGAGUCUUGGCACCCGCUGCUGAAGACUGUACUCUCUCUCCCUUGCAUCCUGCUGAUGAAAACACCCUGGCAGGGCGCACAGACAACCAUCUACUGUGCUGUGACUGAGGGCCUAGAGAGCAAGUCUGGCUGCUACUUCAGUGACUGUGUUGAGAGGCAGCCGUCUCCAGAGGGUAAAGAUGAUGAAGUGGCUCGGAGACUGUGGGAGGAGAGUGCUCGGCUCGUGGGUUUGACUAAAGAACGUUAGUCUCUGCGUCAGAAGGCUUGUGCUCCACAAAGACGGAUGGAUCUGAUGCAGUUUCACUAUGGAAUGGAAUUUGAUGGGUACCACCGUCACACAUUAGUAUCCAGAAACCUAACAGUGGUUAAACUGCCUUGUGUUUAGUGAUGAACAGUUCUAUUUGUCCCCUAAAUCCCCUCUACUUACCAGGCCUGCUCGCUAUAUUUAAGACACUUUGGUUCAGUCAGGCCAAGUUAGCUACAUUUAGCUAUAGACUAAAAGGAUGUUGGAGGUGUUGUUGAUCUUCCACUGCUGAGGUAUAUCAUUUGCCUUUGGCUGCCUUAGUGAAAGUGACAGGGCUUGUAUUUAAAAUAGCUGCGCUGCUACCCGAAAAAGGCCAAACUGACCGUGUUUCAGCUGCAAUCCAAGUGCAGCUCAAAGAGUGAUGCAUCACUUUGUCACCCCUGCUGUGUGUCACACUCUUAACGCUUCUCCUCAUGGUUAUGGCUGCAGCCCACAUGCUUCCAAGCGUUGGCGUGAGAGAUCCGAAAAUAGGAGGACAACUCAAGUCACAGAAGUACUGGCGUCACCAGGGAAACUAGCAUGAUGCCCAUUUAUUCACAAAAAUGUACUAAUCUCAGGAAUUAAUGUUAUCCUUGACCAACUUUAUAUCUGAGCCUUUGAAAAAAGGGCUGUUUUGCACUAUUACUUUGCACUAAAAGGGCUAUUACUAAUAUCAGAGGGUCUCUACUUACUGCACUGUAUGUUUAUCUGCAAUAUGGCAUCUCUGUUUUUACAUGUUCAUGAGCUGCUGUGUACAGUUAACACUGUUACAUGUGUAGCCAUCACUGAUUUCUCAGGUGAGUGCUUUAAAACCCAUCUGAGCUCAUAUAAUGGAUAUUAGCGGUGGAGGAAGAAGAAACGAUGUAAUAACAUUCUGACAACAUUGUAAUUACUCUAUUAAAAGUGAUAAACAUUAAAACAUCUAUUUGAAUUAUUGUACUUAAGUAAAAAAAUGUAAAACUGCA